GAGCCGGCCCCAGCAUGUGGACCGCGGCGCGGCGGCCAUGAAAGCCGGCACCAUGAGGAUACGCAGCAAAGGCCAUCACCCGGCAGGUGGUAUCCAAAUAAAAAAUGAGAAAACUAGACCAUCUUUGAAAACUGUGAAAAAUGAUAACAAAUCAGAAAACCUCAAAUAUAAGCCACUGUGGGGGAAAGUCUUUUAUCUUGAUUUGCCAUCUAUUGUGAUCUCUGAAAGACUGGAAAAGGACCUCAAGGAACUAGGAGGGAGAGUCGAAGAAUUUCUGAGCAAAGACAUCAGUUACCUGGUCUCCAACAAAAAGGAAGCCAAGUACGCUCAGACGCUGGGCUGUCUUUCCCCGGUGCCGAGUCCGGAAUCGGCCUACACGGGAGGCAACACGUCGCCUCACCCCAGCUGUGACGGGAGCUCCUUCAAGACUCCGGACCCCGUGUGCAUGAGCAGAGGAAAACUAUUAGUUGAGAAAGCUAUCAAGGAGCACGAAUUCAUCCCUUCAAAUAGUAUCCUGUCAAAUGCUUUAUCCUGGGGAGUGAAAAUUCUUCAUAUCGAUGAUAUCAAAUACUAUAUUGAACAAAAGAAAAAAGAAUUGUAUCUGAUCAAGAAAUCAAGCACGUCACUCCGAGAGGCGGGGAAACGAUUUGGUAUUCAGAAAACAAAAACAGGAAGACUCAAAAAGCCAUUUGUGAAGGUGGAAGAUGCAAGCCACCAUUACCGACCAUUUUACCUCCAGUUGUCCAACAUACCUCUCAUCAAUUACUCCGUUCCCAAGCCCUGCAGCCCCUUUGACUUGGACAAGCCGUCGACUGUGCAGAAGCCGACCCCGGCCAAGCAAAGGAACCGGGCGGCCUGCGAGGCCCCGGGCCCGGCCCGGCUGCGCGAGAGCAAGAAGAAGGGCUACUGCGAGUGCUGCUCCCAGAAGUACGAGGCGCUGCAGGCCCACCUGCUCAGCGAGCAGCACCGAAGCUUUGCCCAGAGCGCUCAGUAUCAGGUGGUCGACGACAUCAUAGCCAGCCUCGUGUACGACUUCGUGGAGUCCAAAAGCGGCGUCUCCAGAAGAGUGAAACGCAGUAUUGGAUCUUUUAUCCCCAUAAUUGGAAAUACUUUUAAAAGAAAUGAACCUGAAAAACAACUGGAAUUGCACCAUAUUUCCCAGAAUGGCCCUUGGGAAAGUACAACCAAAGAGGUAAUAAAACAUGAUUUCCAAUAUCGAGAAAGCAGGGAUCCCGCACAAAGGGCUGCUUGUAGUUCAGAUCCCACAUUUUCAUUUGCUUCCUGCAAUCCGUGUCCUUACAACUCAACAAGUAAACUCAGAGAACAGUUGGAUUGUAGAAAGUCUUAUCUAACAAAUCCAGCAGAGAAGGAGAGUUUGCUGGAUUUGGCACAACUACCUCCGCAGAAAGAUUCCCAGGGAUGUUCUGAAGUGGCUGAAACGCAAGGAACUGUAAAGGAAAACAACUCAGAAGAACUAAAAACAGAAUGCUGCCCAUAUAUUCUAGAGACUUUUAUGCAAGUGUCUGAUUUUGAUGAAACAGAUAAAAAUGUGUCCCAACUAAAACGCAAGUCUGACAGCACACUUUUUCCAGAUACUUAUCAGAAGAAAAAAGGCCCCAGAUCUCCACACGAUUAUGACUCAAGUCUUAGAGUCAUGAGCAAUUCCCCAGAACAACCUACAGGCCAAGUCCAGGUGGGGUCCCACAAGCCCCCUGGUGAAGAGCCCAAAGAGGCGGAUGGCGAAAGUUCAGAGAGUUUACCUUCAGGAAAGCUGCAGCGAAAGGUAAAAAUAGUAUUAGGAAGAAAAAAGAGAAAUCAGAAAAAGAGUGUCGAAUUAAAGGCAGAGAACGAAACAGAAGUUCCUGCCACAAAAGAAGAAAACAGUAUUUGUAGUUCACCAAUACAGUCUCUAGUGGAAUUAUUUAAAACCAGUGGAGAAAAUUCUGAAUUUUUGGGUUUUACAAGCUAUUCUGAAGACCGUGGUUCAUGUGAUGUGUUAGAAGUUUGGGAAGAAGAAAGUGAGAAUAGCUUGUUGUCCAUGUUUCUCUCUUCCCCUUCUUCAACCUCCACAUUUACUGGGUUUUAGAGGGCUUUUUGGUGUUUUGUUUUUAAUCUGUAUUUUUCACAAAUGGUGAGGAUUGUAUUCCUGAAAGUAUUUUUUUAUAUAUGUAAAAAAUUCUUGUUUUAUUUGUGUGUCAACUGUACAUUUUAAUAACCAACUGUAAAUAUUAAGAAUAAAGAUGAUUAUUAGUUUUUUCUCAAGAAGUAAAUACUUUUAUAUAAAGGUAACCGAAGCGAAGGUGUCUUGCUGCAUUUUGCAUAUUGUGUACAUGAUUUCUAAAUAAAACUUUCUGAAUGAGCGAG